GCCUAUCACUCAACGAAGCUGAAUGAGGGAUACGGUGGAUGUUGAUUAUCUCUACCAUACAAAGGGGCCAUCGGUCUGUCCAGUCAGUGCAGCGGUCCCUGUAGUGCAAUACCCGCAUGCGCAGUGCCAUCAGGCUGGUCGGGUAUCCUAUAGAUCUUAAGCGAUGUGUUUCAGCAGCCAGCACGGACCUCAUACAUGAUUUCGUUGGGAUAGAUUUCCGCUUGCCUUUGCAUUUUUGCCAAAUUUGGGGUGGAUGUCUAAUUGUCCUUAUAGCAGUUUUGGGGAUCAGCGGCUAUAACGGCAGAAUACGAACAUUUAAAGGCGUUGUCCAUCACAUUGCACCGGAUGUCAGUACACGCAACUAAAUCUCGAGAAGCAUAAGCAGGACCAAAUCCAGACGUAGGCAUGGAAGCUGUCACCCACUUUAUGAAUGACACGGUAGAGUUCUACAGAUGGAGCCUUACUAUAGCAGACAAGCGAGUGGAGAAAUGGCCGAUGAUGUCAUCGCCUGCCCCCACCCUGGCCAUCAGCUGCAUGUACUUGCUCUUCCUGUGGGCGGGGCCUAAGUACAUGCAGAAUCGCGAGCCUUUCCAGCUAAGGAAGACCCUCAUAGUGUACAACUUCAGUAUGGUGAUACUCAACUUUUACAUCGCCAAAGAGCUCCUCCUGGGUGCAAGAGCAGCGGGGUACAGCUACCUAUGUCAACCUGUCAGCUACUCCAACGACGUCAACGAAGUCAGGAUAGCGUCUGCUCUGUGGUGGUACUACAUCUCUAAGGGAGUGGAGUAUCUGGACACGGUGUUCUUCAUCCUGAGGAGGAAGUUUAACCAGGUCAGCUUCCUCCAUGUCUACCAUCACUGCACCAUGUUCAUCCUCUGGUGGAUCGGAAUCAAGUGGGUCCCUGGAGGACAGUCGUUCUUCGGAGCCGGCAUAAACUCAUCCAUCCAUGUCCUGAUGUAUGGAUACUAUGGCCUGGCCGCUUUCGGACCCAAGAUCCAGAAAUUCCUCUGGUGGAAGAAAUACCUGACCAUCAUUCAGAUGAUCCAGUUCCAUGUGACCAUCGGCCAUGCAGGCUACUCCCUCUACACUGGCUGCCCUUUCCCCGCUUGGAUGCAGUGGGCCCUUAUUGGCUACGCCGUCACCUUCAUCAUCCUAUUCGGCAACUUCUACUACCAGACCUACCGGCGCACCCCACACUCCGCCCCCAAGGCGGCCAAAUCCGUCACCAACGGCAUUUCCACAGCAACCAACGGCUACAACAAGUUAGAGGAGGUAGAGGAGAACGGGAAGAAGCAGCAGAAAAAGGGAAGAGUGAAGAGGGAGUGAGGAGGAAGAGGAGAGGACGGAGGGAGCUUCUGUCAGACCAAUAGGAGGACCGUGGGGUGAAAGGGCAGGGGAGGUAGGGGAGGU